AUGCUGGAGGGUCUGCACAGGCUCGACUCCUUCCUCCUCUCCCACAUCUUUUCUCAUCUCCACGACGGCCCUCAACUCGCUCGCCUGCGCCGCGUGAUCGACGAGGACAAGCGGCUGUGGAAGGAGCUCCUGCUGCGGGAAUUCAACUGGCGCAAGCAGGGCGGGCGAGGCAAGGGCAGCGCCAAGCGCCACAGAAAGAUCCAGAACUACCAGCAGCACUACGUCCUGCUCCACCGCAACCGCAUGACGGCGGCCAGGGAUGCGGGGUUGAAGAAACGCGCCCGGAUGGAGAAGGUGGCGCGGAUCCUUCGCGUGGUGGUGCCGCAGGUGUACGACUGGCAGAUGGGCGAGCACAGCGACCAGCGACACCCGUGGAAGAUGUGCGCGCACCUCCCCGAAUGCGUCAAGUUGCACACGAACGAGAGGGUGCUCGACAUCACCCUCCACUGCGAAGCGAACCGGGCGCGGGUACGCCACUUUGCCGGCUGCCUGCGGCUCGUGACCCGCCGCGAGGCCGACGGCUACGACCUCGAGAACGGCGCCUACGCCACCUACUCCGCCUUCCUUCUCGACCCCAUCGGCGCCCUCGCCGACUGCUGA